AUGACCGAGACUAACGUAGCACCUACACGAUCUAAAUUAUCCCUUAAAGGAUCUUCUAAAAUUGUCAGUGAAUUCUUUGAAUAUAGCAUCAACAGAAAAACAAGUAUACUUUUUCAAAGAGGAGUAUAUCCAGCAGAUGAUUUUAAAAUUGUUAAAAAAUAUGGCCUUAAUAUGCUAGUUACUGCAGAUACUGAAGUAAAGGCAUAUAUACGAAAAAUCAUGGAACAACUUCAUAAAUGGAUAGAAGAAGGAAGAAUAUCAAAACUAGUAAUUGCUAUUGUUUCAAAAGACACUCUAGAAGUUUUAGAGCGAUGGCAAUUUGACGUUCAAAUAUUCAAGAAUGAUAACAACGAAAAUAAGGAAAAUAAACUAGCAAAUGAAAAAAAUAACAUUGCUACAGAAAAAUCAGAAAAAGAAAUUCAUACAGAAAUUCAAGCAAUUAUUCGACAAAUUACAGCAUCAGUAACAUUUCUUCCACAACUCGAAGGACAAUGCACAUUUAAUGUUUUAGUAUACACUGAUUACAGUUCAGAGGUUCCUGAAGAAUGGGGCGAUAGUGAUGCACACGAAGUUGAUAAUGCAGAACAGAUAAAAUUACGAAGUUUCAGCACUGAUCUACAUAAAGUAGAUUUACAAGUGGCAUAUAAACUAGCAGAUGAUUAA